GUUUAAUGAAAUAAUUUGAAGAAUAAAGAACUAAUUAGCACUUGAAUUAAUAAAACAAUAAAAUAGCCUUAAAGAGAAGCGUUAGCCCUAUUUGCAAAUUGGUACUUUUUAACAAUCUUGAUUCAUAUUCAAAAGCUUAAAAAUCAAUAAGAGCAAGGGAUGAUACUUUAAUUUUAGAUGUUCUAUUGUAUUUAAAAUAGUAACAUGAAAAUAAAUGUGAAAUCACUUUAUAUCAUUAGAACAAUCCAAUUGAUGUAGAUAAAAAUACAUACUUAUUGCCUUUUUUAUAAAAGCUUAAGGUUUAGCAAUUAGAUUAUAAAACAGAUUAAAGUAGGUUAUAUUAAAGUGAGAUCGGAAUCGAAGAUGAAGGCCCUGGAUUAGAAUAAAAGUUAAAUGAAAGAGAUUCAUCAGCUUGGGGAUUAAAUUUAUCUAGAUUGAAAUAAAAUGAUAAUUCGGGAGAAAUUAAUGGCAAAUUGAUUUAAUAAAGCAACGAGUAAUAAUUAAAAAAUGAGAAAGUGAGUAAAAAUAAUUCUUCAACUUAAUCAUCAGUAAAUAUGGAAGAAUAACAAGGAAUUAGCAGUGAUAAUAAUUCUUAAUAUACUAUUUUAUCAAUUGAAUGUAGAUGUUGUAAGAAAAGCUACAAUAGUUAUGAGCUGAAAAUGUUACUCUUAGAUGCCAUCAAAAAAAAUUUUAUAGCUCUAUGUCAGAAAUGUCACCAAAAAAUACCUAGAUCUAUGUACUCAUAGAUAUAGGUAGUAGAAAAAUAAUAUCAUUUUAUAAAAUUAUCAUUAGAGCUAGAAAUUCUUAAAAAGGAUUUAAUUAAAAAAAUGGAUAUUUAGAAAUGUUAAUUUUGUAAUUUUUUUUGUAUUUGGGAUAAGAGAAAACAAUCGGUUAAAAGAUUUUGUCCAAUUUGCCUUUAAAAUUGUAUGAUUUCUAAAAAUUAUUGA